GAGUGUUUGCUCUGGUGAGAAUGGAGUUGGAGGAGGUUAUUGAGGACCAGGACGAGCAGGAUGAUGAAAUUUUAAAUGUAGAUGAUGAAUCGACGUGGCUAAAAUGGCUGGUUCUUUUCCCCGGUGGUACUUUACCUAUCGUUGAACGUAAUUCGCGACCUAUUGAUAUGUUACGUCAAUGUAUUGCCAAGGAUCGUACUUUUGGAGUGGCCUGCAUAAGAAAUGUAAAUAGUAUUGGAACAACUGCUGAGAUUUACGAGUAUACUGAAGAGUCUCGUAUGCAGGGACUGGACGAAGUACGUGUUAAAGCUAAAGGAAGACAGCGUUUUAAAAUAAUACGUAUGAAAAAUAUUACGGGAAGAAUUCCUGUUGCUGACGUCAAAAUUCUUCCGGAAAUAGAACUGGGACCACCUAAUUAUCAAUGCAGGAUUGCGUCUUUAGAUCGUUUACGCGGAGGAUCUAAUAUUAAAAGGCUCAAUAAAGUUUCGAGGAUUGAUUCUGCUAUAACUCCAUGGCCUUCUUGGGUUUAUAAUCUUUAUGAUCCUAAAAAAUUAUCAUCGAGAAUUCAUAAUUACUUAAAAUUUUUAGAGUCCAAGGGAGGAAACAUUCCAAGUGAUCCAACAGACUUAUCAUUUUGGGUAGCGCAGAAUCUAGUAAUAACACCCAAGACUGCUCUCUCUCUAUUGGAAAUAGAUAGUGUGAUACUUAGACUGCAAAGAGAAGAAAAAUUACUCCGUAAAUUGGCUAACAAUGUCUUUGUUUGUAAGAGAUGUGGUGCCAAAGUUGCCAAGCAAACUGACGUCUUCCAAAUGAACGAGGAAGGAGUCCAAAGUGCUUAUUGUAAUCCUGCUGGAGCAAUACAUGAAACAAUAACUCUUCAUAAAGCUCAGUCAUUGGUACUUGAUAACGCACCACCUUCUUCCGAGUACAGCUGGUUUCCUGGGUAUCAAUGGACAAUAGCUCAUUGUGGUGGAUGUCGAUCUCAUAUGGGCUGGAGAUUCACAGCAGCACAACGUGACUUAAAACCACAGUCCUUUUGGGGCUUAACACGUACAUCUUUAGUCUGGGGUGAAAGAGAGAGCCAUUAUUGCGAUGAAUGGGAUUCAGAUGAUGAAAAUAACGAGAGUACUGAUCAAUCUGAUACUGAGUUCUUACCUCCGUAUUCAAAUAUUUAUUAA